AUAUUUAGUCUGCUCAGUGGCCGGUGAGAGAUCCUUCACCUCAGUGCUGCAUUCUCAUCCUUUGUGAGUAUAAAACCGCCACCUCGGCGGCCCCGCCGCGAUUUGCCUGAUACGUUGUGGCCCUGUUCGGACCCGUCCAGAGACAUGGCCGUGCUCAGAGUGUCGUCCUACCGCAAGCUGUUUGAGGAUGAGGGCCAGAGUGGAAAGGGAGGGUUGAGUACGCAGUGUGCAGGGCAGCACCGCGCCGCCGGCAGGGGUGCGGCUCUUGACGAGUGCCACUGCGAGCAGUUUGACUUUGUAGCUGCCAAGGCCCUCAACAAGGAGGGCCUGCAGCGGUUCGUCCAGGACCGCCACAUCAUAGCGACCCUCAAUGACCGACUGGUCCGGCUUAUGGACCUGGCCCGUUGUUUUGAGGAGGAGAAUGAGUCUCUAAAAUGCCAGAUUGUCGACGCGGAGAAGAAGCUGAAAGGCCGACGGGCGUCCGCCCGCGUCUCCUCCGCCGUGGCCGAGGCCGACUACGGUCUGGAUGCAGUGGUGGAGCGACUGCGCAGGGAGAGGGAUGAGACUCUGUGCGACACCGAGGACCUGCGAAAGGAGCUGGAACGUCUGAUGGAAGAAUACGAGAAGGCCGCACAGCAGAAGAUCCUCCUGCAGCAGGGACGACAAGAUGUCGCUGAGGAUGUCGAUGCUGUGACAGCAGAGUGUUUGGCUCUGAGGGAGCAAGUGGCUAUCUACGAGGAGCAGCUGGCCAACAUGGAGGACCAACACACCACGGCAGUGGAGCGUCUGAUGGGACCAGCUGAAGGGACCACGGGAGCAACGGCUGCCUUUCCAUUGGGCGGCCCUGACAUCACGCCGGCCCUGGACGUAAAGGAGUACUACUGCCAGCUGGCUGAGAGCCUCCAGCACGAGUGCGGCGCCGCCUCCUCUGCUGUGGGUCGCCGUGGCGACGGAGAGCAACGAGAAGAGGGCGUAGCUGCAGGGUCGACCGUCAAAGGCGCGUCAGCGACAAAGGACGUCUGUGAGAUAAAGACGCUGAUUUCAGAGCUCCAAAAGGCGCUCGCUGAGCUGGAGCGGCGUAACGAGGAGCUGGAGGACGAGGUCGAGAUGAAGGCGGCUGCAUACGCGGACGAGCUUGCGGAGUUGGAGUGGACCGUAGAUGAAGUGCAGCGCCAAGAGGCCGACUUCCAAGUGCAGAUGAAGCAGCAGUGUGAAGACUACAAGGAGCUGUUCAGUGAGAAGAUGGCCAGAGACAUGGAAAUUACUGCCUACAGGAGUCUGGUGGCCGAAGAGGAGGAGAGGCUGUGCAACCUGUGACGUGAGGGCCGAAGCGUCCGACUGGCAGGCUGGAUGCCCCCCCCCCCCCACUCCCGCCCCCCCUCGCACGGAUUAGAAAACAGAGCAUAGAGAAACGAGGCAAAGCACACUGACACCGGCACUGGGAUGAAGCUUAAGGUACCACCGCAGCAAUGUAAGAAGAAACUUUUCAUGACCGAUUAAUGCCGUCUGGAGGCCUAAGCCGGGCCAUUGAUAACAGGUCGCUGGCAGAUGACCCCGAGACUCCAAGAAGGAUGGAGCUGUCUAAAAGAGGUGGGAGGAGGGGCUGUGCGAUGAAUGUGUAUCCCUUCAGUGUCUGGCAGGGAUAUUUCCUUAAGUGGGUUUAUCUUUACCAACUAAAUGCUAUGUUUCAUAAAGGGCUUGUCCGCUCUCUGUUGAACGAGUCCGACUCAAACAGAAAGACAGACGCGCACAAGUUAAACGCCGCUGUUCCGUGAUGUCACCCCCCCCGAUACCACCUCAUCCAUCACUCAAUCCAUGUCUGAUUACCUGCUCUUAACCCAUGACCCCAUCACUGUUAGCAAACGUAUUGACAGCGCUACUUUAGGUUACUAAAAACAUCCCACCUUCCAUUUGCUUUCGCAGUCGUUCAUGCUUGUUUUUUACAUAUAACCGACUGUCAGAUGUGCAGCGCACUGUUUGCUUUUCAAAUGGUUCAUGAAGUUGCUGUUUUCUCUGCGGCUCUUUCAAAAUGAGCACCUGGAUGUUUCUACAAGAGCCGCUUGCGUGAUUCAUUACUGCUCCAUUUUGAAAAGCGAUGUCUCAAUUUACUGUUACUGAAAUAAGCCUUUGGUAAUGCAUUCCUUUGUAAUCUUUUCCUCAUUUUCAACAUAACUUUGCAGCUGUCUGGGAUAAAGCAUCUGUGAUUCUCUCUUCUGCACAAGCAGCAUCAUUGUGUGUUUUUAGAUUUCAAAGAAAUAAAACCAGCUGCAUGAGA